UCGCAUGGGGUGUUAUGAGCCGGAUAACUUUCUCAAAGGAUAUAGGAAUCCAUGAAGCUAGAUGGGACUAUAAUGAAUUCCUGGGGCGAUCGAACAAGGUUCUUGACUACUUUGUAUCAAUAUGUCAGACCUCUCUCCUUGACAUGAGCUUUGACAAAAAUCAGAUUAUGCAGAUUGGUCCAGCGGCCUUUGGUUGGGCUACCGUAUUUAGUCAGGAGCAACUUCAAAAGGGUCUGAAUGGUGGAAAGAAUCAUGCGCAAGCUAAAUUUCUUGACAAACUGCUCGAAAAUAAUGAAAGACCGCCAGAUACUGUGGACGACAAUGUCGUUGUCACCUACCUAUUUUCUAACGUCUGGGUUGGUAGUGAUACUGCAGCCAGCGCAAUAAGCAGCGCCACUGCACAGGAAACUGCGUGGGGAGCUUUAAAGGGUUUAUUUAACCAUGCCGGGUACAUCAACGGAUUUGCAAGGCUCAAGUACCUUGACGCUGUAAUGUGGGAGGUGAUGCGAGUCACUCCUCACGUGGGGCUUAUGCUUGAGCGUAUUUUCCCAAGAUUUGUCUCGCUUCCAGAUGGUUGA